AGUUCUGAAUCGGGUCAGCUGGUUGUUUGCAGUCAUGGUUUAACUAGUGAAAUUUUAAGCGGACUUUAGGGUGAAUUCCCCUAAUGGGCAUGCAUUUGAACGCUUAAUUCCUGCGUUUUUGCUAACUUAACCCAUCUUUUCGGGUUGAUUGCGGUGAGACUAGCUAAUGUUUUUAGCCUGUUAGCUUAAUGUUAGCUGCUUCUCCUGGCUGUGAGGGUUAGAGGCAGCAGACAGCGUGGAGCAUCCUCGUAGCACUCAUUUUACACAUUUACCGAGGGGAUCACCAGUGCACCGCUGCCAUGGCCGGAGGAAUCACAGAGACCGGAGAGCCCUACUCUGCCUUUGUUGGGCUCAUCUACAUGUUCAACCUGAUCGUAGGAACUGGAGCUCUGACGAUGCCCAAAGCCUUCGCCAUGGCUGGAUGGGUGGUCAGCCUCACCCUCAUCACAUUUUUGGGAUUCAUGAGUUAUAUGACCACGACGUUUGUGAUUGAGGCGAUGGCGGCAGCAAACGCUCAGAUCAGAUGGAAGAGGAGAGAACAGGAGGAGACUGACGACAGUGACUCUACCUCAGAUUAUUCAGAUGAUGAAGUUAUCACAAGAGGAAGAUCAGAGCCUGAGACCAAACCCAUCCUGUCCAUCCAGCGCUCCGGAGGUCAUGCGGAUCAUUUCGACAUCGUGGAGCGGGUCGAGAUGGGGCAGAUGGCUUCAAUGUUUUUCAACAAAGUUGGAGUGAACAUGUUCUACAUCUGUCUGAUCGUGUAUCUGUACGGAGACCUGGCCAUUUACGCUGCAGCCGUCCCCAUCUCUCUCAUGGAGGUCGCCUGUGGGAACCAUUCAUGCAGCACUGGCAGUGUGAAGUACAAUGACACCGACCCGUGUUGGGGCCCAGUCACGAGGAAGGACGCGUACAGGGUCUUUCUGGCUGUGUUCACUCUGCUGUUGGGACCCUUCACUUUCUUCAACGCACAGAAAACCAAAUAUCUUCAGAUCCUCACCUCCCUCAUGCGCUGGAUAGCCUUCACCAUGAUGAUCAUCUUGGCUCUGAUCAGUAUCGGUAAGGGUUCGGGCGAUGGUCACCCUCCCGUCGCCUCUCUAUCGGGCGUUCCUAACCUGUUCGGAGUCUGCGUUUACUCUUUUAUGUGUCAGCACUCCCUCCCCUCUCUCAUCACACCAAUCUCCAACAAAAAACACGUGGGGACCUUCGUUUUCGCCGACUACACCCUCAUUUUGGGCUUCUAUGUCUUACUCUCCUUCACCGCAAUCUUUUGUUUCGAUAGCUCCUUCCUUCAUGACAUGUACACGCUCAACUUCACUGAUAACUGCAACGUUUUGGAUAUCCCAUUUUUGCGAUACUUCUUGGGACUAUUCCCAGUGUUCACGAUAAGCACGAACUUCCCCAUUAUCGCCGUCACGCUGCGCAACAACUGGAAGACGCUUUUCCACCGAGAGGGAGGGACGUAUCCAUGGAUCGUCGACCGGAUCGUGUUCCCGCUGAUUACUCUAGUGCCCCCGGUGGUCGUGGCGUUUUGUACACAUAAUCUGGAGUCUUUGGUUGGAAUUACCGGGGCAUACGCUGGUACGGGAAUUCAGUACGUGAUUCCGGCUUGUUUAGUGUACUAUUCGAGGAGACAUCUGGAGCCGGUAAUGGGGAGGGAUGCAGUGAAUAAGCACCAGUCCCCCUUUAGACAUGCCUUCUGGGUUUGGUUUGUUUUGGUGUGGGCUGCGUCCUGUCUCAUGUUUGUAACUGCUAAUAUUAUUCUCACAGACACCAAGAAAUGAGAGAUUAAAGAAGUCUAUAUUUUAAUUUUAAUUUUAUUCUGCUCAUUUAUGGAUUUUUUGGGGAGUUUCACUAAUGUAUAAUUUGGUUCGCUUCAACUUGUUAAAGGCCUGUACCUGAUUUUUACUGUUGUAGCAUCCUAAUUAUUUACCCUGAGGAGUUUAUAAGCACUUUUCUAGCAUGCUAACAUGCACUUCCUGAUUGUCAGACUAUAAAAUGCUUUCAAAUUAGAGUCAGACAGCAUGCAGCAGACUUAUUUUGACCGCAACAGCUGCUUAUACAAUAUAUCUUUACUGGAGUAAGGUAAAUUUAGCUCAAAUACAGGUGAAAAAAAAAUCUGGUACAGGACCUUUAAGAUUUUUAAAGGUGCACGAUGUCACUUUUCACCUGUCUCUAUAGAAAUGUUAUCUCAUUGUCUAGAAUAUUCCGCAAUAUAGCACUAAACUUAACUAUAUUCUAUGAAGACAAUCAGUUGGCUCGCCCUCUACUGGUAAAGCUGUGCAGUGCGCCUUUACCAAAACAAUCAUUGAACAUUAUCUAUUGUGAAUAUUUGUUGAAUAGGAUUUAUUUUUCCCCUUUAUUCUAAAUCAUACUUCAUAGCCAUGUCUAAAAUCACCGCAAAAAUAAAAUGUAUUCGAUCGCACUUUCAAAACGCUUUUAAAAUACAAAAUACUUUUAAAAAAUCGUAUGUGAGAAUGAACGAAACUCAUAACACGGCAACGUCAGAAUUCUCCCAAUGUCCAUAAAUGAGCAGAAUAGUGUAGUGUAUUUUCUCAGGCCUUAUUCAGACUGUGUGCCUUUAAGUGCGAGCGUGCAGUGUGGAAUAUUAACUUAAGAUUCUUCAUGUUUUUUCCUCAAAGGGACCAAAUAUAUUUAUGACACAAGUCCAAGGGAGACUGGACUGUUUUUAGGGGAUUUAUAAAUGAACUUUAUCACUUUGGUGUUUGGGUAUAUUCACAAUUCACAACACGUUUUUGGUGCAUAUUUUGAUUUUAUUCACUUAACAAAAGCGACGCACACUACAACUAAGAGGUAAAAUAGUUCAAUUCAAAAGUUAUUCAUAAUAGUCCAGUUUUGACUCAUACUGUACGUUUUUGGAUCACAAUCGCAAUAUUGAGCCUUCAGUUGUGAUUUUUAAUUGAAGUCACACUACGUAACUUUUCUGUGAAGGGUCUUCCACUUGCUUGUCUUGUGGAUAUGCUGUUUCUUUGCCUGUAAUGUUCCGCAAUAUGGCAUUUAACUGUUCUGUCUUACAUGUAGUCAAAUACAGGAUGCUAUACUGUGGAGCAUUUCAGGCAAAACAAUAUCGUCUCCAUGGAAAGGAGGUGAUUUUACACAAUUAAAUUUAAAGUGACAAAAAGGGUUAAAUUAUUAUUCGAAAGUAAUUUUACCAAUGUCGAUUUUUUUUUUUUUUUUUUUUUUUGCAGUUGUGAUUAGGGGAAGUUUUUAAAUAUAUCCAGAUGUAGCGUUACCUUAAGGGGCUGUGACUAAAGAGUUGGAGGCAUUAAUUAAUAGUAGUUAUUUUUUUAAUUAAGAUUUUUUUUUUCCUUGAAACAAUCAAAACAAUCGAUUUAUUCAAAGCAGUUUUAUCAUUUUUUUUUCUAUUCAUUGAAAUUUUACAAAAACUAUGAAGAAAUGAUAUAUGGACAAAAUAAAUGUGUUAUGUCAUCUGUUUCAAAUUCGUUCCAAGAUGUUGAUUUAAAGCAGAUGUUUAAAUUUAAAGUACUUAAUAUAUAUACUUUCCCUUGACAUAAAUGGGAAUAGAUAACAUAAUACAUUUAUAUGAGGUAAACCUUUUUUUUUCUAUUGCAUUUUCAGUUUCUUGAGCUCUUGCCAGACUUGGAUUCAAAAUGGUUGCCUUUUCUUUAUCAUUUCCUUUUUAUUUUUUUGGAAACUGUACAACCCACAAUGCAACUUAUCUUAAGUAUUUUAAAGAAUGGAGUUCACGCUGGAUCAUUCUGAAUGUACCGUGAAUGAGACUGCUUUUUAAGGCGGAAUGGUUUAAGGUGGACUGGUGGAGUUAUAAAGCAGAACCAUGUAACUUUGCCUUGUUUGGUAUUGGCCUAAUACUUUUCUGGACUAACUUCAUCAUAGUUUUAGUAUUUAUUUCUGUUUAACUGUGACGACUUCAACUAUGACUAAAAGUAGACCAAAAAAAAUCUAACCAUUUAAAACUUAUUUUUUGAGAUUUUAACCAUAUAACAUUGUUCCCUCAUGAAAAACAUACCUUCGUCAUUCACGCUUAUUUGAUGAACCCUGGUUAGUAAGAACAUAAAUGCAAUUCUAAAUUUCUCAGGAUUGUUACGUCAUAGAUAAAAGUCCAGAGGUUUCCUGCUCCAGACUCGCUCUAAGCAUUUCUGCUAUCAAAUUUAAAAUAGUAAUCAUCAUAACUGCAUACUUCUGUUCUCAUAUCAGAAAAGGUUGCUAACUCAAGUUCUAAAACAUGAGAAGCCAAAGUUAGCAUCCUCAAGAACAUGUUUAAAGGCCAGUAACGAUACAGUGAGUGUGCAAUAUUUGUCUUUUAAAGGCCCCAUAUUAAAGUAUUUUCGGAUGUUUCCUCAUCAAAAACGUACUUGGAGUUAAAUCUGUAAACCAGGCAAAAUGUUGUAAGAUGGAAGACAUUUCGCUUCUUCAGUUCUGUUCAUCCAGGUCUGAAGGAGUAGCUUGGAUGUUGGAUGAGCAGCGAAACGUCUUCACUCUUACAUUUUUAUUUAACUUUUAGCUUUUACUAUGGAUCAGACGUGGACGACUGAGGGACUACACAGACAGACCUGCAGUUGUGUUUUGUUUCAUUCACACAUGUUUAACACACAAACCCUGCACACUAAGGCUUCUUCUUUCAAACAAAAAACACCCUCACCUGGUGAUGUCAUGUGAUAAUACAGGAAGUGCUCCAAUGUAUUUUUAAACUCCACACACCUUCACUACAAUCAUUUGGAUAAUUUCAGUCCUGGAAUUGCCAAUCUCUACCGAACUAAAGGUAAAAGCUAACUUAAAAACUACCACUUCAUGACAUCACAAGGUGGGACGGAGCAUUUUGAGCUUUGGAGAUGUAGACAGACUGAUAAAAAAGGGUUACUCAAACAUGGGUGAAUGAAACAAAACACAACUCCAGGUCUGUUUUUGAGGAGGUAACGACAUUAUAAUAUGACUAAAAAUUCACAAGAGUCAUUUUUGUGCAGUGUAGGACCUUUAAGGUAAAAGUGACUUAGUUCUGCUUUAAAGUGACCAAAGAUUGAGAUCUGUUUGGACAUGUUUCAUGUUACAACUUUAUCUGUAUUAUUAUUUUAAAUCACUGUGCUUGUUUUUGGCCUUUUAUUUUGAACACAAAUGUUUAUUUUUUCAUUUACAAUCACCUUUUUUCUUACAUCUGUUUUUGUUUACACUCUUGGUUUGUUGCUUUUAUUUUUAAGUUUACAUUCAAACUCAUUUUAUGUUUUCGAUUUGAUGUUUACUUCAGAUUUUAUAAAUAAUUAAAACAAUAAAGAAAUUCUGCUCUG